AGAAGAUGCUGCGUCUCCUGAUCAUCUGUAUGCUGCCCGCCAUCGAAGGGAAGAACUGCCUCUGCUGCUGGCCAGAACUGUCUGCCUUGAUAGACUAUGACCUGCAGAUUCUCUGGGGUAGCCCGGGGCCACCGACAGAACUUUCUCAAAGUCGUGACCAUUUGGAAGAAGAAACAGCCAAAUUCUUCGCUAAAGUACACCAAGCCAUUAAGCAGUUACGAGAUGACAAAACAGUACUUCUGGAAGAGAUUCACAUGCACAAGAAUCUCUUUUCUGAGAGGCUGAAUGAGAUAUCUGAUGGGCUGAAGGAGAAGGACAUACAGUCCACAGUGAAGGUCACCAGCUGUGCCGACUGCAAGACUCGCUUGCUCUCCUGCGAUGAUCCCGCCUUCUGCCCAGCCAGGAACCGGCGGCCCUCCGGGUGGGCUGUGAGUGUCAGCAGCGCUCUGCUCCUGGCCAUAGCCGGAGAUGUUCCUUUUACUGGCACAGGAAGGAAAAGGGAGUAA